AUGUUGGAGAAGCACAAGCUGUACGACCCGUCAGAAAACACCAAAGAAGAAAUCCUAGACGCAGUGGCGAUUUAUGGAGCAAUGCGGCGUUCUGUGUGGCUCCAGGAAGGCGGUACGAAGUAUUUUAACUUCCUCGAAACACCUCGAUAUGCGGUAGACGAGGCAACGGCCGAACGAGACUUGUACGGAUUCAAGCUCAAACGUGAUAUCCCAGAGCGCAUGAUCACCUCCAACGCCACAGGUCGACACCAAGCGAGCAAGAAGCGAGUGUCGACUGAUUCUGCGCUUGACACGCGCACCCCCAAGGCGCGUACGGCCGGUCCAGGACAAGGCCAGCGUGGACAUGCACAUGAGGCCCACAGCGAUUCUCCUACCCCCAAUCGUGUCGAUCGUGGAAGCCCGGCCAAUCAUGCCAACAAAGCACUGCCACCUACACCCACACCAUCUGAGCUGGACAGGUCUUGGCAGUCUAUGCGCGGAUCUCAGGCGUCCCAACGUGAGAAGUCAGCCUUGUUCCCGAUGAGCGCGCCAACGGGUCUUCUGCAUACCCCUCGUCCAAGCUUGAGCCUACGACAGAGCCAGACAUUCCGCGGUGAAGUCGAUGGCUCGGAAGAUAUUGAUGGACCGGAUCUCGACGUCAACGACGAUUUCCUUCCUCUGUUCGCUUCUAAUAGUCCGCAAGGUCCUGUUUCCGUUGCUCCGCGAACUGGUGGUAACCAAGGUGAUCAGCCGACUACACAGCCCACUGAGGAUGUCGAUGAGUGUACCUACAUUCCCCUCAUCAGUUCAUCUGACGACGACAAGGACGACAACAACACCGAGCCCGAGACCGCACGUGUAGAGUUCAGCUUCGACGAGGGCAACACCAUUGCCCAGGUUCCUCAGCUUCCUGUCCUCGCUCCCGUUGUCUCUACCCGUAGCACAUCAGAUGAAACUGCUGGUCAGGAGAACAAGGAAGACACCAGCAUGACUGAUGCGCCUGUGGACGGAGACGAAAGCGUCAAGAUUGGCGAUUGGAUGGAGUAG